ACAUUUGCCGAGUUUUAGUUUCUUAUUUCCGUUUCCGGUUCUUCUUGAAUGAUAUCAUUUUCCGGGAAUACCCUUGUUGGUCGCAAGGUGAGAUGAUCCUGAGGUUUAUUCGAAGGGAAAGCCAGCCAGUUUUAACCUGAGAGACUACAACAAGCCAUGGAAGAGCUCCUGAGUGACGUUUCACUAAAAGUCUUGGCCGUAUGUCUGCGUCUUGCAGACUUUUACAAUGACAAAGGUGACCACGGAAAAUCCUCCGAAAUAUGCCAAGGACUCCUAGACUCUGAUUGGCUCACAGCUACUGCGAGAUCACAUGUCACCUUCAAGAAAAAGAGUGCAGACGCCGUGGCGAGUCUAAGGAUAGCCGAGAACUACCGCUCCCAAGGGAACUUAUCACGUGCCAUGGACCAUAUGAUCACGUGUUGCACGCUCGCACAGGAGUCUGGGAACAUGAUGUGUAUGCAGAGUGCGCUAUGCAGCAUGGGAUUAAUGAUGAUCACGGCCGGGAAACCUGAGCAGGCAAUAGAGCUUUUUCAACAGCAUCUUUAUCUAGCACAAGCUCAAGGAGACACACACAGUCAGAUUAUUGCCUAUAAAAACCUCGCAAACGUGUGCCAGAUGAUCUCGAGCUUUGCACAAGGGAUACAGUACGCGAAGCAAGGGCUUGCAAUAACUCAGGGUUUGCAACGGGCUCAAAGCGAAGCUGAAUUUUAUAUCGUUAUUUGCCAUAUGUACGACUCGAUCGGAAAGCCGCAGGAAGCCAUCAACCACGCCAAAACGGCUCUUUCUCUUGCCAAAGAACACAAGCUUAAGCGAAUCGAAGGGCAGGCGCACGCAUGUUUGGGAGAUGCCUACUACUCUAUUGCCAAAUUUGACGACUCGCUUAAGCACAACGAAAAGUUUCUAGAAAUAGCACAAGGUCUUGAUGACAAGAAGAUGGUAGCCCAGGCGUGCACUGGGCUGGGCUUAGUACACCACAGUCGCGGUGAUAACCACAUUGCAAUACCCCUGCACGAGCAAGCACUCAAGAUCGACCAAGAACUCGGGGAUAGAAGGGCUGAAGGAAAAAGCUAUGGAAACCUUGGUAAUGCAGCGUUUGCUCGAAGCGACUACACCAAGGCUCGCGAGUAUUACAACAAGUGUUUGGAGAUCGCGGUACAGUUUGAUAGCAAGCAGGAUCAGUGGAUGGUCUAUCACUCUUUGGGAAAUACGUUCUAUUUUCAGGAUGACUUUCGGCAAGCUUUAGAGCACCAGAAGAAAGCACUGGAUGUCGCGCGUGCGAUUGGGGCGAGGGGAGGGGAGGCAAGUGCUCUUGGUGGAAUAGGAAACGUUUAUUACGCACUGGGCGAGUAUGACCACGCUAUUGAAUACUAUCAACAGGCUUUGCCAAUCACUGUUGAAGUCGGAGAUAGGAUAGAGGAGGGAAAUACUUACGGUAAUCUCGGGAAUUGUUAUGAUGGUCUGGAAAAGUACGAUGAUGCUAUAGAAAAACACAAGAAGCAUCUCGAAAUUGCCCGCGACGUUGGUAAUAAGCCUGGCGAGUCACGUGCGCUGUGCAAUUUGGGGAUUGCCUAUUAUUGGGCUGAUGAUAUUGAGAAAGCCCUUGAGAAGCACAACGAGCACUUGAAGGUCGCUAUGGAGAUUGGGGAUAAAUUAAACGUCAGCAGAUGCUACGGGAACUUUGCAAACUGCUUCAAGCUCCAGCGAAAUACCGAGAAAGCUAUUGAGUUCUACCGAAAGCAAGCGGAAUCCGCCAAAGAAAUAGGCUCUUCAGAAGGGGAGGCAACGUCCUAUUAUAAUGUAGGAACUCUGCAUAAGAGCCUUGAAAACUGGGACGACGCCUACGAAGCUAUGAAAAAAUGCAUCGAGAAAUACGAAGAGAUUCGAGUACGCAUGCGCAACGAAGACUCGCAGAAAGUCUCUAUUGGUGAUAAGCACGUGCGCGCGCAUAAACAUCUUGCGCUGAUACUGCUGGAACAGAAGAAACUAAAAGAAGCUUUCCUGGCGGCGGAUCGCGGACGCGCAGUGGCAUUGAACGAUCUCCUACGUAGCCUGUACAACGUCACAUGUGACGAAAGCCAUGAGGCUUUGGUUCUAGCUGAAGAGAGAAAGACUGAGGAUCAUUUAGCUAGCUUAUAUCAUUUAACCAACGUUACAAUGUUGUCAUUUUCGUUUCUUUUUGGAACUCUCUAUAUCUGGGUUGCUGGGCGUGGUGGUCUACAGGUGACGACGGUGCCAUUUGGCGAUGAGUUCAUCGAGAAGUUCGUGAAGCUGAUACGGUCCGCCUUGAGUUCUGUUGAAAGCGCGCGAGAUAGCGAGUGCUUGGAGGAGAGGGACAUGGCGGAAACCCAGAUCGGCGACGAGCUCGCGGAAGACUUCUUCGCGUUACAUCAAGACAAACUUCCUACCAGAAAACAUGUAGACAUGGAAGGAAAUGAGGAAAAUAAGCAAGCAGGGCGAGAAGCUUGCAGUAAACAUACUCCCGACGGCAAUCAAUAUAGCGAGAGGGAAGAUAAGAGCGAUGGUCAGUCGAGAGCCCAAGAUUCAACGCGUUGUGUGUUGCCAGAAUCUGACGAAGAAGAGGAGGAAAACCCCCUGAGCGAGUUGUACAACAUCUUGAUCAAACCCGUGGAAGAAAGUAUCCAAGGAGAUCACUUACUUAUCAUCCCCGAGAGCGCAUUGUACUGCAUACCUUACUCGGCUCUGGUUGACACUCAAGGGAAGUACCUCUCUGAGCGCUUCAGUGUCCAGGUCUCCACAUCUCUUCGAACACUGGCCAUGCAUAAUGGUGGCGGCGAGAAUCUAGAAGGAGCACUAGUGAUCGGUAACCCCACUCUAGGGCAGGUGAUGGUAAGGGGUAAGGUUACUAGGCCUAGGGACCUACCUGGGGCGUUGAAGGAGGCUCAAGACGUUGCCAAGUGCUUCAAUGCGACCCCUUUAGUUCAAGCCCGAGCAACAAGGCCGCUGGUACUCCAGUACCUUCCAAGAGCUAGUGUCAUCCACAUUGCGGCGCAUGGUGACUCGCGCCGCGGGGAGAUCUAUCUUGCACCUUCUUGGGCGCCCCAUACUCCACAGAAAGGUGCAUCGAUUGGUCAAAAGGGGAAAUUGACAGCAAAUGCAUCAGUGCUGGGACAAAUAAGUGAAGACAGUGAGUGCAGUGCAAGGCCACAAGUAGCUGAUAGCCUCUCCACAGCGAAGAGGAAUGACACUGAAUCGCUUCUUCAAACACCGGAGGCUCGUGGACGUUCUGUUGCGGUGGCGCCUGCUAGAGGUUUGUCUGUAUCAGGCAGCGUCCAAAGAGAAAAUAAUAUCAAGGUGGAGCAUUCAGUAAAAGAGACAAGCUCAGGGUUGCCUAACAACAAUUCUGAAUUUGAAAAGGGCAGAGACAACAGAAACAGCCCAGAGCCCCACUUUCCAAAGGAGACAACAAAUUUGGAACCACCAACCGAUAGGGAGGGGUUUAGUGGAGAGACGUUACCCAGUGAAGAAGACUUCCUUCUCACGUGCUCUGACAUCGCAAAGCUCCAUCUUCGGGCGCGUCUUGUCGUCCUCAGCUGCUGUCAGACUGCCAGCGGGAAGAUCCGGUCAGAGGGUGUGGUGGGCAUUGCCAGGUCGUUCCUCGGGGCCGGGGCGUCUGCCGUGCUCGUCACCAUGUGGGCUAUCUCAGACGACGCCACGCAGAUCUUCAUGGAGAAUUUCUACAAGUUCUUGUUGGAAGGAUUUCCAUGCUGUGCUGCCGUAAGGAUCAGCAUGGAAGAGAUGCGAAGGAGCGAGAAGUUUAAAGGUGCUGCAAACUGGGCCCCAUUUUAUGUCAUAGGCCACGAUGUCAAAUUCAGUAAAAGUGAAGUUAUGCAGAUCCGAUCUAACAGUCUUUUUCAUUAGACACUUCGAGAUCUGAAAAACCAAGGCUCAGAAAUUACGUUAUUUUCGUUUUUUGGCUUUAUUUAGUACAUAGGGUAAUUUUAAAUAUUAGCAGAACAAUGUUUUUACGGAUAUUUUGCAAUAACAGUUAAUCUCUGUUAAGAUAACAUGCAGAUAGGACAGUUACCGGUUGACUUUGGGUUGUUUUCAUUUUUACAUCUACCUGCAUAGCAAGCCUAGAGGGCUGAGGGAAGAUUAGGAAAGACCCUGCGUGUCAGGGAGAAAAAAAGGAGUGAACCAUAUGCCCCUUAGUUGUGCAAGUUUGCUGUGCGCAUGCAGUUUUACUCAAGUUUUUCAAAUAAAAGCAUGUGCGUAGCUAACUCAAAAUCAGCCAGUGCGUAAGAUCACGUUUCAUUAACACAUUUCCCAUAGUUUUCCCAUGUUGUGGAGUCACUCUUCUUCACCAACCCUUUGGGCUUGCUACGCGUGCUAUCUACAAUAGUAAUAUUGUUUCUAAUAAUAUAAUAAAGCAUACACUUGGUGUUCUGACUAGGUAUUCCAGGGAUACCAUGACACUUUUUCAAGAUCAUUGAAGCACAGUGUAAUAUAAUGUAAAGAUAAGUAUAUACCAUUGAACCAAUGUGUAAUUUUGUCAAUCCAUUGUAAAUACCAUUGAACUAAUGUCUAAUUAUGUCGCUCCGUGAACUAAUGUGUAAAUGUCACUACUCAGUGAAUACCAUUGAACUAAUGUCUUUUUGUGUCAUUCCUUGGUAAACAAACUUGAAUCAAUGCGUAAUUAUGUCACUAAUAGCUUUAAACUAACUUACACAUUUGAUGCGUAAUUAUGUGUAUCAAAACAAUGUGUCAUAUUUAUAUCACCCUUAGAAUAAUAAAAUAGUUAAGUUUGUAAACUGUUUUUUUUAAUAUAACAAUACAGUAUAACAAUCCAAGCCCAUGUUGUUGUUAGGCUUAGCUAUGCCUCUUGGCGUUCUUGGAAUGCAUUAAAUAAGGUGCUUGAACUAAUCAGCCAUAAAAUUAACACAAUGGUGAAUAUAUUUGAAUAUGUUGGGUCAUUUUGUGUCAUAUGACCUUAGUCCAUUGUAAAAAUCCUUGAUGCAAUAUCUGAUAUGAUCCAAUCAAUUCCAUCUAGGAGUUUCUCUCCUGUAACUGCACUGCACCACUGAAUUUGCCAGUGGUGGCUUUUGAUUGAGUCAAGGUCCAAAGCCUAAGAAAUACAAACAGGGUUAAGGUUAUUAAAAUAGAACAAAAGAACAUGGUUUAAAUCUUAGCACAGCAGUGACAGUCCAGCUCACACAUUAAAAAGCAUUUGUCAGACA